UGCAUGGACACAUAGGAUAAUAUGCUGGGGCAGGGGUGGACUGACAACUCAUGGGGCCCCUGUGUCCUUGCCCAAACUCAAAAAAGCCUAUGAAAAAGGCUACCAGGGGCAUCUCAUGGGGCCCCCUACUGACCCCGGGCCCUCGGGCAGUGCCCAAGUUUCCAAAUGGUCAGUCCGCCCCUGUGCUGGGGGGUUUACUGGCUGUAGAAAAGACUGUCAAAAGCCAAAAACAGCCGCUGAAUAUUCAGCACUCACAAAAAUUCUGAAAUAAUAUUUUAUUUUUUACUUGUUUUAUUUUAUUUUAUUUUU